UGCAGGCAGGAGACUGGAGAAGUGGGCUCCGUCCAGCUCUGUCUCGGUGAAAAACAAUCUGACAAGCUUGUCAAUAAGAUCCUUUAGUAAUCGUGGAUCGUCAAACAGAUUCAGGAAAAUUUACCAUCAAAAUUCAACUAGUAUAAUUUAUAUCAAACUAUGUACAUGUGUUCUUCGUAUUCGAGGGGUGCGAUGCUGCGGCGACAGUGCAACCGAACUGAUGUCGUACGAGGGUUACUUAAGUUUAAAGCCCGAAGGAAUUUAUUUGCCGCAUCCGCUUUGCAUAUUAACGAGAAAAAUGUUGGCGAACGAGAUGGAUUCUUCACUUGGUUGAAGGACAUUUUUAAUAAAUCCGCAGAGGAUAAAAGCCGCAAGGCUGACACCGCGAUCGUCGAUCGUGCAGCUACGGCAACAACAUUCAAUCGAUCAGAAAUGCGGCUGGCGAAUUCUUCGGACAAGGUCGACGUCGUUAAUCAAAAACUGGCUAACUUUUGCACGGCGCGAUCGACGACAAAGUUCGAGUAUGAGAACAUCCUUGCUGAGAAGCGUGACGCGGAGAACGGCGGACGUGCGUACACGAUUCAACAGUCAGCAAUCUACACUGCGUCGCAGUCGAAUCGUUUUGCGGCUGGAAAAACUUUCGAACGCGAGAUAGAACCUGACUCUUUACGGCGCGAUCCUGGCAAGAUGUAUCGAUCCGAGAGAAACUGCGGCGCGAUCGAAUUUGCGGCAAGAGACGAUCUCGACGUGGCCUCGCAUUAUCGUUGUUACACGAGCCCGAGACACUGUUAUCGCCUGCCACCGCAGCGGACGAAACAGCCGCUGAUGGGAUUGUGCAUCCCGAAUAGAUACAUCGACAUGCCAACGCGCGCGUUCGUGGGUUUCGCUCCUUGGAACACAAAGCCACCUAUCAAAGAGCCUAACGUGGCCGAAAAGCGCGAGAAGAAGGACGAAAAGAAGGACAAGAGGGAGAAGAAGAAGAAGCCGGCAAUACGUACGGAUGGCGAAUUCGGCGAUAGUAGCGAGAACCAAGCGGAGAUGGUGGCGAACGAUAACCUGAGGACUGACCCCGGCGCAACGUUUCGUUACGAGGAGGGCGUGAACGAUAACGAUAAGUUCGCCGAAAAGGGCCGGCAAUACGUCAAGCGGCUUUGGGGAGUGAACUUGAAACCGAAGCCGGAUAUCGCUUCGUCGGCAACCGCGAGUUCUGAGCGAGGCGCGGAGAACCCUCGAAACGCCUCUUCGAACUCUGAGAGUGGCGAUACCACGACCGAUGGAGCAAAGACCGACGCUGUCCCAACGUCGAACCUGAAGGGUACAAUCGCGGAUUAUCUCUCGACUUCGUCGCGUCAGACCGACUCGAGCGACGAUAUUAUUGCAGCGCGACAAGAUAGCGACGAUGCGAGCUUGUACAUGAAUUCUGAGGAGCUCCGAAAAAUCAUGACGACAUCGCCGAGCAUAUUGAAGGAAAAGAUAAUCGAUCAAGAGUACAACAUUCCGGAAGGAGCAGAUCAGGACAUCGAGAUCAGGGCCUGGCAGAGUCUAGCGGCGAGAUCAGUCAAAGAGAAUUAUUUAUCGUCCGACGAGGAAAACCUAGAGAACUUAAUAUCCAUCCGUCCGGAAGCGCCGCAGCCGAAGUUGGACGUGCAAAUUGUAAGGUCCGAGGACGACUUAAAAGACAAGGAGCAGCCGAAUUCUGGACACACGUCUCCGAAAUCCGUAAAUAUUAAACAAGUUGGAUCUCCGCAAAGACCGGACGGUCACUUUACCGGCAAGAAACUGCACACUAUGAGCACGCAGAUUCGUUAUGUACAUACGAAUAAUAUCAAUCAACGACACAUUGGAUCACUUUUAAGCAACUUUGCUCUUGAUAAAACUGUGCAGACGAAAUAUCCAGGAUUCACAUCAGCCUUUUCUACAAAUCUUGAAGAUUCCAUGCAAAAGAAGGUGAUCGAUGAAGCAUCGAAGAAUGAACAACAGAUGGAAUCGAAGAGUCAAAAUGAGAGAAAAUCUAACGAUUCGAAUAAUAUGUCGAACAACAAUCGAUCUCAUUUAUCUGUAAAAUCUCAAAGACUUUCAAGAAAAAGAAUUUCAAGUAGCGAUCAGGAGCAAGCGGAUCUCGCAGAGACACUAAACAAGAUCGCAGACAAGGAAAUGGAGAUGUCUAUGAACCAGCUGCAAAAUACUGGUCAUAAAACACUGGCUACUGAUCUUUCGAAUUCUUCUGAAUUUACGCAAAGGGAUCAAUCUCGUUAUAAAGAUGAGGAAGCGCAGGAGGAAGCGGAACGUUACGAAGAGCCACACGUUAAUUACGAGGACAAAGGCGUUACACGUGCCGAGUUCAACCAAUCAACUAAUAGCGAAUCAGUCAAAUCGACCAAUGAAGAUUCGGGCGACAAUAAUAAUACCUUUGACCCAAACGUGAAGGACGAUGAUCCGAGCAAGAAAGGCAUUAUCGAUGGCGAUUAUAUACGAUUACCCGGCGAUCCUUAUCCUUACAGCAGGGAAAAUAUAGAAAAAUGGCGCGUGCCACCUACCAGAAAUAUCAUCUAUAAGUCGUGGAAGCGAGAAAUGUCCCGCUCUUCCGAUUCUUCCACCGUCUUGCAGUCAACCCUGAGAUACGCUAAUGACGCGUACGCAAACGCCGCCGGGGAGCCGCGUGAUUCUCACGUCGGUGAUGCGGUAAUGGAGAUUUCAGGAAGUGGCGGCGAUGGCGGUGCAAGAAAGAGGACGGGACAGGCGAACGGAUUCCGCGUGUCCUCUCGGGAUCAGCGGGUGGUGUCUGAUUGCCUGCGUGGCGACGCCGCGGAUAUGCUGGGGCUGCGGCAAUGGACGGAGGCCUUUUCGCGGCUCGACGAGAAGAUGAACGAGGCGGCGCGAAGCGACCCUGCGCAUUACGAGUAGUUCGCGACGGAACUUAAGUUCCGGUGCGCGUGCACCUUUGCAUAAUUCAGUUCUCUCUUAAUUAGGACGGGCUCGACUUGCUGCGACGUAACGAGCCAGGGUUUCCGCAAGUUCCAAUCUUAAAUUGCGCUGCAGACACCCCAUUUCCGUUUUCUUUCGGUGUUUCAGCGCAACGAAUACGAAUGUUAAAUCGUAUUUUUUUCUAAUAGUUUAUACUACAAAUCUUUUAUUAUCUUCUUGAUAUUCUCUCUGAUGAUCUUUUUAAAAGAAUAUAAUGAAAAAUUUAUUGUUGGUACAUGCAUAAAUGAGAAACAAUAUGUGGAACUAAAAAGUUUGAAAAAUUCACACAUUUGCAAAAAAAUUGUAGAUAUCUUCCAUUAUAACUCAAAUUCGCGAGGAUUAUGAUUUAAGAUUAUAAAUCAUAAGAAUAAUUUCAAAUUAUUAAAAAAG